UAACAAACCAAUCGGCUGCACUUCUCACACAAGGGUUCUUGUUUACAAACUUCCUCAGUCAAAGCAACGUUAAUAACGUGGUUAAAUUAAAAAUAAAUUCUACAAUAAGCGAUUAGAUAGCUGGUUUUCUUCACUAAAGAAUAACUCAUCCCCAUGGAGACGACACUGGAAACGAAAGAACACAUCAUUCCGGAGGUCAAGUAUGAAUACUUGGAUCACACUGCUGACGUACAGUUGCACGCAUGGGGCGAAUCAUUGAAGGAAGCGUUCGAACAAUGUGGCAUGGCCAUGUUUGGUUACAUGACGGAGCUAUCAUCCGUUGAAAUACAGAAAUGCUACGAAAUCCAAACCGACCCUACGGAUGAUCUGGAAAAUUUACUGUUUCGAUUUUUAGACGAGCUAUUGUUCCUUUUUUCGGCUGAACCUUUUCUGAUUUGCAAAAAAUUGGAAAUUAUGAAGUUUGAGAUGGAGCCGGAAAAUUUCCACAUCGUUUGCCGGUGCUACGGAGAAGAAUUCGAUCUUGGAAAGCAUCCCCAGGGAACCGAGGUUAAAGCAAUUACCUAUUCGGCUAUGCAGAUUAACCAGAAGCCGGAGCAUGAUAAAAACGAGGUGUUUGUAAUAAUUGAUAUUUGAAAUAAGUUCUGAUUAUUUAAUAAACAUCAAAUUUGUUAA